CCCAUUCAGAGCUUAGCUUUGGUCAAGACUGUGCACUCAAAACCCUUCAAUUUUGUGUGUUCAUUUCAACCGAACGUUCGUCAUCACCAAUCAUGAAUCGGCUACAUGCGCAAAGCGACGCCGCUCACACUCAACUCGAAGUUGAGCACCUUGUUGCCCGCGAAUCCUCAGGCUGCUGCCCAUGACUGGUAUGCCCAAUUGCCCAUGAAGAGAAUGAGCCUCAAGCCAGUCGCACAUUCGGCAUCGGGACUUGGUAUUCCUGGCUAUUUGCUGCCCAUAAUGUUCAAUGUCCGAACAGCGGGCUGCACUCUGCAUGAACAUCUUUGCUGCCUGACAAGAGCUCACGCGCCUUCUGGAGCAGCAACCCAAUUUGCAAUGUAGACACCACCGGGUACUGUAGGCUUCGAGGCUUCAUCGCCGAGGAGCUCGUCUAUGGCUCGCACAUUGACCGCCAAGGGCGAUGGCGCCAUACGCCACGUCACUCGGCAAAUUGAAGUUCUACGCAGUGCCUCGGCGUCAUCUUCCCGUGUGCGGGAGGAUAGAUGCAAACACACCAGAGUAUCAGGUGAAGAACAUUCGACCGUAGUAGUAGACGUAUGAUCUCGACUUCCAUUGCUUGAUAGGAGCCUGGACAUCACCACGCUUUCAUCCUCCUGCCUUUACUCUCGCCGCCGACCUGGCCCUCCAUUCUCCAGCACGGUCUUCGCAGCAAGUCGCAUUCGCCGUCCUUCGUCUGAAGUGUUCC